AUGGCUGCGACGCAAGCGGAGAGCCAACAAAACGAUGUAAAGUUGAACGAUAGUGUGAAAUGCACCCAGAAAAGAGCACAACUUAGUGGUAAUAGUUCAAGUGUUAGUGCUAAACAACAGCUGGAUCAGGAGCCGGCCGAUAAGGUAACCCGGGGCGCGGCCCAGCUGCUCAAGUAUGUGAAUCGCGGGGACGGCGACUCAGGUUUCGAGAUGAGUCAAUAUCGUGAGGACAUUAGUGGACACACCGCUGGUGAGGUCAAGUCACCCCGGGAGGUCAUACAGAAUCCUCAGGAAUCAACCGGUAAACCAGAACCUCACGAGGCACCUGGUCAUCCAGGGCACCCGGGUCAUCCCUACAUUGGCCCGAACGUCCCAAGAGAUUAUUCUGAUGAGUAUGCUGGUAAACCUAGCGACUAUCCUAGUAAACCACCAAACGAAUAUCCUGGAAAACAAUUGGAUUAUCAUUCGAAACCCCCGCUCAAUGAGACCGAACGGUCUCACCAUCCAGAUAUGGAUGACCAUUACUCGGUUUCUAAAAUAGAGCCUCGGCUUGCUCAUAUUGGACCUGGUCCUGGUGGUUUUCCGGGGCAACCGAGAUUUCUUUCUGGUCAAAGUAUAUCCCAGGCCACUGGACCUACUCCAACACUCAAUCAACUGCUUCAAGCAACAAGUUCUGUGCACAGGUUUCACGCUAAUUAUCCAGGAAUCGGACCAGAGUCUUAUCAACAACCCUGGCCGCCGAUGCAGAGACCACCAGUUGUGCCACCUGUAUAUCCACAGCCUGGACAGAGACCUUCUCAAACAGGAUCUCCAAGGUUACAUCCAGGACCUGGUGGUCCCAGUUCACCUACUCCAAUGCCAUAUCAACCGUAUACGGCACGCUAUCCAUCACCAGCACGAUCACAUUCACCUUAUGGACACCAUCAAAUGAAUUCAUAUGCUGGGCAAGCAAGUCAUCCUCCAACUCUGUAUCCAGAACAACGUGGUGGAUGGAAUCAAGCGGGACCACCUAAUGCGGGACCUCCUCCACCGCCGAAUCAGGUGAAUUCUUCGAGUCAAUCGCCACAAAGAACACUUUCGCAAUCACCUGCUCCACCACCUUCAGCUUCGCCACAGCCACAAUCAGCUGGGCAACAGCAGAAUUAUCAUAAUAUACAACGAUCAACGACUCCAAAUACUCAAGGAAUUGAUUCUGGGGAACUCUCUGGUCAAAAUAGUAAUGACAGUUCGAAUGGACCCGCCGGCCCAGGAACUCCAAAUUCCCAGGGGAUGAGGCCUACCCCUUCACCUACCGGAUCCACGGGUUCUCGGUCAAUGUCCCCCGCCGUUGGCCAACAAAACGUUCAGAUGCCUCCUCGUCCCUCGAGCAGCCAGUCAGAUGGUAGUGGCCCAGCACGAAUGAGUCACUCUCCAAUGGCUACUCAAGGAGGUUAUCAACAACCUUUAGGACCAUCACCGCAUAUGCAUGGUUAUAAAUUAAAUAGUAGCGGUCCUGGUGUACCAACAGGACCUGGACCUACUGGACUAGGCGGAAUGGGUCCAAUGGGCAGUGGUAUGGGAUAUGCGGCCGGCGGAGGUGGUGCUGGUCAACCCGGUGGUUAUCCAUCACAAGGUCCUGGAGGAUAUCCGCCUCCACGACCUCAUAUGCAAUUUCCCCAAAAUUAUCCACCUCCUACGAAUUCACAACCACCUCCUAAUAAUCAGUAUCAACCGGCCAGACCGAACAAUAUGGUGCAAUAUCCAUCUUAUCCGCAUAAAAUGGGAUUUAAUAGCGUAUCACCAGGUAUGCCACCGAGCCCAGGUCCUCCUCAAGGCUAUGUCUCUGCAGGUGGUGCAGGUUUAGUACCUCCAAAUGCACCAGGAAUGGGUGGUGGUAUUGGCAAUAUGGGUCCACCGACAAGUUCAAUGGGUCCACCACCACCUUCACCGAAUCAUAUUGGUAACCAACCAGGUCCACCCCCACCGCCGCCACCACCUGGUCCACCAAGCGGGCCAAUGCAUUCACACCCUCCCGCAGCUACACCGCCUCUUAACCACGAGGGUAGUCCUAUGCCACCGCCAAGUACGACUCCAAAUUCACAUCCGGCACCAGCACCUACACCAACUAGCCAGAGUUCGGCUGAUCUCGCGGCUGAGACUUCCAAUGAUAGUGGAAUAACUACCACAGCGUCCGGCACCGCGGCAAUUAAUGUGACAUCAACAUCAAGCGGUACCGUUACAUCAGUCAUUACGACCGGCCCAGAUGGAACGUCAAUCGAUGAGGGCUCUCAGCAAUCGACUCUGUCAAAUGCUUCAGCAGCAUCUGGUGAAGAUCCAGCGUUUACGCCAAAGACCCGUAAGGAAAUUUUUAACGCCUACCACAGUCAUCCAACAACACCGCAAAGCACCGUGCCAUCGCCCGGAGCCGCCAGCAUCAAUUCUGUCCAUGAAGAGUACCCGGAUAUUAACAGCCCCAGCUGGCCCCGUACACCCGCCAGUCCUGUGUUUAACAGUCAUGUGGCUCAAGACCCGUACAGAUCUAAGAAAUCCGAUAGCUUGGCCAAGCUUUACGAAAUGGAUGAUUCGAUAGAACGAAGAAAUUUCUUAGAUAAAUUAGUGGCAUUUAUGGAAGAAAAGAAAAUACCAAUUACAAGCUGUCCAACCAUCUCCAAGAACCCCCUCGAUCUAUUUCGACUCUACAUUUACGUGAAGGAUAGGGGAGGCUUCGUGGAGGUCACGAAAAAUAAAACGUGGAAGGAUAUAGCAGGUUUACUCGGAAUCGGUGCAAGUAGUAGUGCAGCUUAUACGUUGCGUAAACAUUAUGCAAAACAUCUACUUCCCUAUGAGUGUCAUUAUGAUCGUGGUGGAGUUGAUCCACAGUUAAUUAUCAAUCAGGUCGAAGCUGGUUCGAAGAAAAAGGGCGCAAAAAGUAUGGCAUCUGUACCGUCACCAGGCUCAUCUAAUUCUCAAGACUCUUUCCCUGCAGCUGGGUCGAGUAGUGCAUCAAUGGAUGGCUACGGUAAUUAUCAAGGCAACUAUCAGGGUGGCAAUCAAGGUGGUCCGCCAUCUGAGUACACACCUCCGCCGCCUAGACCACCUAGCCAAAGCAGCGCGCCUUCACUUCAUCAAGGAAUGCAACAAGGAAAUUAUCAGAAUGCGGGAUCGUAUCAGAAUUAUCCUCAAGACCAAUAUAUAAGACCGCAAGCUCCUUCGAUGGUUCAACAGGGGGAGUUUAAUCAACCAUACACACCGCGCUCGCAUUAUCCCCCUUAUGUGCCGGACGCUGACAGAAGUUACCCCGGCGGGAACAUUCCACCUAAUAGUGCUGGAGGUCAAGACAUGUAUAAUAGAUAUAGUGGAGGACAACAACCUUCGGGUUAUCCCGCUGGCUCAAAUCCUGUUGGCAGGAAUAGCAGUUACCCCACCUCAACACCAAGUCAUGGAGUUAAUGCGCCACAACCACCUUCCACAAGUCAAACAUCUUCACCCUCUCAAUCACCUGUCAAUCCAACUUACUCGUGUCCACAAGAUUAUUACAGACAGGAACAGGGUGGGUAUGGAGCACCUGCUGGAAGCCAAAUGUAUCCUGCUGGUGGAGCAACGAACAAAAAUAUGCCACCACCACCUCCAGGCCCAACGCAGCCUAGACGUCAUCCCGACUUUGCCAAAGAUCAGCAGUAUCCUCAGUAUAACCAACCACGGUCUCCGUAUCCAGGGUGGCCAGGGGCAACUAAUCAGUAUAAUCCUGGCAGUGCAAAUAACAGGGUACCUUAUCCAAGUCAACAACCUCCACCGCAAUCACCGCAACAACCACAACCACCACCUUCGCAGCCUCCAACCGUUUCAGCUAACACGGUCAGUCCAGUUGUCGGUAGUAUAAACAAUAAUACUCCGCAAUGGGCUAGUCAACAACCUCCAAGACCGUCAUCUCAGCCAAGUAUAAAUGCAAUGCCUCACGCACCACCACCAUGGGACAAUCGUUACUCGCAUCCACCUUCUUCUCUUUACCCAUCACCUGGCUCACAUCAGAGUCAAUUAAGUAUGAAUCCCAUAAUUAAUCAACAGUCAGUACCUAAAAGAGAAAUGACAUUCCCACCUGACAGCGUGGAAGCUGUUACACCAUUAUUAUACAAGAGACGUAAACUCACACGCGCUGAUGUUGCACCCGUGGAAGCUUGGCGAAUUAUGAUGGCAUUACGGUCUGGACUCCUUGCUGAGAGUUGUUGGGCUCUUGAUGUACUCAACAUACUUCUAUUUGACGAUAGCUCGGUAAGCUACUUUGGUUUGACAAAUCUUCCUGGAUUACUGGAUGUAUUACUAGAGCACUUUUCGCGUUCUCUUUCUGAUAUGUUUGAUUCUUCGACAACAACUGAUGAAGAUCGUUGUGGAUUUGAUAAAAAUGCAGAUAGUCCUGAGGUCGAUCUUGGAGCUGUAUCGCGUCCAAUUGAUGCAGAAGAUCGUACAAAGCUACUUACUACCUCGAAUUAUACCUUCCUAUCUCGACGUGGACGACCAGUUAAAAUGGUGCCGCGUGACGACGAUAUAUUUGUAUUAGAUACUCGUCGGCCGUGGGAUCAUACUGACGUUGAGCUAGAGGGUGAACCCUGGCAAGUCGAUCCUAAUGACACAAAAUAUAUUAUAACAUGUUUUCAAUCUGAAAUUGGUAUGGCACCAUUUGCAAGGCAUUUGAGAGAUGAAAAACCACCCCUUUUACAGAAAGAAGUCGAACAUACUGAAAUUAAAGAAGAAUGUAAAUCAGAUGCGUUACCUGAAAUUUUAGAAUGUCACAAUAAACCUGUUGAAACUCCUGACAAGUUGCGUGAAAAUGGUGAACGUAAACAUCAGACGGAGAAAAAGAAAAAGACAAAAACAUUGAGUGAUGUUCUUUCGAGGAUAAAAAAGGAGCCAACGGAGAUGAAUGAUCUGACAAGAGAGCUUUUUGAAAAGAAAAACGACGGUUCAAAAAGAGAUUGCGAUCCUGAGAAUAAGCCAAAUAAUAAUAUGAGCGAACACAUUGUCUUUUCGAAAUCAGAAGAAGACUCGCUUCCAACUCCUAAUGGCCUCAGUGAUUCAGCAAGUACGUUUGAAUCUGAAAAACGUGAAAUAAAAGUCGAAGAACCGGAGCAAGAAAACGAGGACGAUGCAACGAAGAUAACAACAUCAUCAACAACAACAACAACAACAAUAAAUACAACAACAUCUAGUUUGACAACUACAACUGCAACAACAACUAUUACUACAACUACGACUACUGGUGAAGAAGAAAAUAAAGAGGGACCAAAAUUAAAUAUAAGAGAUCCGGCAGGUACUCUUAAACGAAAACGAAUAAGUGAUUAUGAAGAUGAAAGUUAUUCAAGAGAUGAAGCGAGUCUUUAUCUUGUUACUGAAAGUCAAGAUAGUCUUGCACGACGAUGUGUUUGUCUCUCAACGAUACUCCGUAAUUUGACUUUUAUUCCUGGAAAUGAAAUAGAAUUCGCAAAGAAUGUCACUUUUCUCAGUAUACUUGGUAAACUUCUACUGCUUCAUCAUGAACAUCCAGUACGAACGCAGAAAACCAGAAAUUAUGACCGUGAAGAGGACGCUGAUUUUGCUGAUUCUUGUAGCAGUCUUCAAGGUGAAAAUGAGUGGUGGUGGGACUUUCUAUAUCAUAUACGAGAAAAUGUUCUUGUAAUGGCAGCGAAUAUUGCUGGUCAGACAGAUUUAAGUCAGCAUCCUGAAGAAAUAUCGCGACCGGUUUUAGACGGGCUUCUUCAUUGGGCUGUGUGUCCAGCAGCACAUGGACAAGAUCCAUUUCCUACGGUAAAUUUCGCAAGUUCGCUAUCACCACAAAGAUUAGCCCUCGAAGCGCUCUGUAAACUCUGUGUCACCGAGAGCAACGUUGAUUUGGUUGUUGCUACACCACCUUACUCAAGACUUCAGAGACUUUGCUCAGUGUUAACGAGGUUGCUUUGUCGAAGUGAGGAACAAGUGUUACGUGAAUUCGGUGUUAAUUUAUUACACUUCCUCUCGGCAGCUGACAGUGGAGUAGCACGAACAAUUGCUCUUCAAACACCAUGCGUAGCACUUCUUGUCGCGUUUAUUGAACAGGCUGAAUCUUGUGCUUUAGGAGUUGCUAAUCAGCAUGGGUUAACUGCUCUGAGAGAUAAUCCAGAAUCAAUGGGUACAAGUCUGGACAUGCUGAGACGUGCAGCUGGUACUUUAUUGAAUCUCGCGAGGCAUCCAGAUAACAGAACAUUAUUAUUACAACAUGAAUCGCGUCUUCUAGCACUUGUUAUGAGUCAGAUACUCGAUCAGCAGGUGGCUGCUAUUGUUGCGCGUGUGUUGUUCCAAUGCUCUAGGGGUACGUAA